AUGGCCACUGAAGAACCUACCAUACGCUUUGCGCGCCGCGAAGAUGUCCCGUCAAUCCUCCACCUGAUCCGCGAGCUCGCAGACUAUGAGCACGCGAUUGACAGCGUUGAGGCUACCGAGGAGAAGCUGCUGGCCACCAUUGCGUUCGCUCCCCAGUCACAUGAUGUUAACAGUCUCACGGUGUCGACAGAGCCGACAUCCCCAAGUCGGCCUGCACGCUGUUUGAUCCUCUUUACGCCUGAUGGGACACCCGCCGGCAUUGCACUUUACUUUUACAACUACAGCACAUGGCGUGCGCGGCCUGGCAUUUAUCUCGAGGACCUCUUUAUAAGCUCGUCUCAGAGAAAAAAGGGCUACGGCCGAAAGCUGCUUGAGGCUUUAGCAAAGGAGGUAGUCGCUAUGGGCGGCGGGCGAUUAGAGUGGAGUGUUCUCAAGUGGAAUGAACCAAGCAUCAAGUUUUACGAGAGCAUCGGCGCUACGAUGAUGGAUGAAUGGGUGGGAAUGCGUGUUGAUGGUGAGGGACUAGCCAAUCUCGCAGGGGAGAAUUAG